UUGCGCGCUCCAAUCUGCCAUCGCAAUCCUGCGAUACGCGACGGGUGCGGCGUGCGCGACGCCGUCCUAAGGGAGAAGUUCCCGGACCCCUCUUCCUCCACCAGUAACCGCUCACAAAAAAGUACAGCAAAUUUUGUGUACGUGAUCGUAUCAAUUCUGAUGGUGGUCCUAUGGUCGGCGUAUCUGUGCUUUGAUGGGCGUCGUGAACCGAAGAGCGAUACCAGAGUCAUCCACAAGCUGGCUCAGUCGACAUUACUGCGAGCGGUUCCGUAG